AGAGAAAAUUAGUAGUAAGAACGUCACUGUUUAAAACGGUGUAUAUUUCUUGUUUAAUAUUAUUUAUACGUAAUAAUUAGCACUAAUAAAAUAAUAUACAUAUUAUGUUUGCUUAAAGCUAGAUUAUUCGUUAAUCUUAGGCGGGAUUUUGGUAUUUUAUGCGUGAUGGCAGGAUUUGACAAAAUUAUGUUGCCUUUAUUGCACCUAAUAAAAUAACAGUCGUUAAGGAUAUGAGCGAAUUGAUAAGUGAAUUUUUCGGAGUGCUUAAGUGAAUGUUUUGUUUUGUAGACUUUUGAGGAUGGUUUCAUAUUAUAAUUCAAUGUAUCGGCAACAACCUGCGCCCAACGGGCACUUCCAUCAAGGAAACAAUCAUAUGCACUCCUGGUAUCCCGCGGGGUAUCACCAGGGUGCCCAAAUAAACGCGCCUCCCGCCGCUUAUCUGCCACAGGAAGAACCGCAAAUGUGGCAUCAUCAGCACGGGCACGGCAUAUUUCCUCAUAACGAGUUUCCGGAUUUUGUGCACACGGGUAUUCCGCCUUUACAACCACACGCUGAUCCGGAACAUCAGCUUCCUUCACCUCCGAUUACGCUUUCUGGUAGUAGUGAAUUGUCAAGUCCUGGAGGACAAAGUGGGAAUAUUUCGCCACCGCAGGCUUUAGGUGGUAAUCCGAGACCACCGCCGGCUAGAAGUCCGUAUGAAUGGAUUAAGAAAACCAGUUAUCAAUCACAACCAAAUCCUGGUAAGACGAGAACAAAAGACAAAUACCGUGUCGUUUACACAGACCAUCAGCGUAUUGAAUUGGAAAAAGAAUUCACUUUCGUAAACAGAUACAUCACCAUUCGCAGAAAGGCUGAGUUAGCCGCCACGCUGGGUUUGUCAGAGCGUCAAGUGAAAAUUUGGUUCCAGAACAGACGCGCUAAAGAAAGGAAACAAAACAAGAAAAGGGUCGAAGAAAAAAACCAGAUCGAACUAUAUAGCAAUAUCAACAUGCAGCAGGUGCCGAACGGGAUGCUCUCCCAGCAAAAUCCUUCUAAUGGGGUGAUGAACCAUACCCAUAUCAACAAUGGAAUAGAGCAGCAGCACCAUGAUAAUGUGCUCCCAACGACAGUACCGCCGUCUACAUCUGUAAUGCAAAGGUUCCUACAAGACCAAGCGAUGAAAUUAGAGACGGAUAACAGUGAACAAAUGGGUUAACCAUAAAAAUAUAAUUGCAUUUUCUUUAAGGUAUAUUUUGUGACAUUUAUUGUAAGUUGUAUGACAUCAUUGAUAAGUUUGAGAUUAUUUUUGGGUGUACAAAUAACAAUUCAAUGAUGUAUUUGAUUAAGAGCAUGCUGAAAGGUAGACAGUUUAAAUGAUUUAAAUGAUAUUUACUACUUUGUAUCUAUUAUAAUUACAAGUGCAAUUAUGAUUUAAGAGAUUAAAAAACAAACAAAAAAUAAUUUUUGUAAAUAGCCUUUAAAAUGUUUACUUUUCUGAUUUCAUCAGCUUAGGUUACUUCAUUUUCACCAUCUUCGAUUUUCAUUUGGCACAGAGAAUAUUAAAAAUUCAUGUUGCUUCUAUGUCACUUGUAAAUACCGCUAGUCUAGAAAAUCCUUAAGGAUGAAAAAGUCUUUAUUUAAAUGUCCUUGGUACAUACCAGCUAUGUAAUAUGUGAAGGCUUUUUCGAAGAUUAAAUUUUUUUUAAUUCUCCGGUCCUGCCUAUUUUAAUUUAGUGCAAUAAUGUAAAAAUUUGUCUGUGCAAUGUAUAUUUUAUUAUUUAUUACGCUACUAAAUAAUAUAUAAGGAAACAUGUAUAUAUGUUAUUUGGUAUCGUUUAAUAUAGAUUUUUGUAUAUUAUAGUGUAAGUAAUGGAUGGAGAAAAAUUAAUAAUUGUGAUGAAAAGUUAACAAGACGCACGUGAAUAUUAUUUAUGCGUUUGUUACUUUUAUUAUUAUUAAUAUUAUCAUAUCAUUAGCUAUUUAUUGAAGCUAUUUUCUUUUAAUUGCUGUGACUUUCUUGUUAAAAGGUACGUAAUCCUUUAAUGGUUUUAUUAUAAUUAACUGACACUACUUAUUAUUAUAGU